GGCUCUUCCGCCUAGGCCGCAGCGGCGCCGGGCAGGGCGCGGAGCCAUGCCGGCGGUGGGCGAGCGGAGCGCGGCGCGGCGGGAGGCCACGGGGCGGCGGCUGGCGCGGUUCGCCGCGCUCCGAGGCAGAGCCGUGCGCCCCGGAGAGUUCUGGGACCUCGUCGCGAUCACCGCAGCCGACGGAGAGCAGGAGCUGGCGUACCGGCGGCAGCUGUCCGCAAAGCUGGCAGGAGGGGAGCUUCCUCUGGGCGUGCGGUACCACGUCUUUGUGGAUCCACCGGGACCCAAAAUCGGAAAUGGUGGAUCAACACUUCAUGUUCUCCAGUGCUUAGAGAAUCUCUAUGGUGAUAAAUGGACUUCUUUUAUUGUGCUGCUAAUUCAUUCUGGUGGUUAUAGUCAACGUUUACCAAAUGCAAGUGCACUGGGGAAGAUUUUCACAGCUUUGCCUUUUGGUGAUCCUGUUUACCAGAUGUUGGAGCUUAAGCUUGCUAUGUACAUUGAUUUCCCCAGUCACAUGAAACCAGGAAUUCUCAUUACUUGUUCAGAUGACAUAGAACUUUACAGCACUGGAGUUGCAGAAACAAUCACAUUCGAUAAACCUGGAUUUACUGCUUUAGCUCACCCUUCAGAUUUGACAGUUGGGACCACUCAUGGAGUGUUUGUUUUAGAUCCAUCCAGUUUUUCAGGAAAAGGAGGACUUGAAUACACAUCUUGCCAUCAUUUCCUACACAAGCCUGAUGUUGAGACAAUGCGCCAGUGUGGUGCAGUAUGUGUGAGAGGGAAUUGUUCUCAGCCAUGUUCCUCUGGAGACCACAGUGACUCAGAAAUGGACUCAGAGUGUGUGUAUACAGACAGUAUAUUUUACAUGGAUCAUAGCAUUGCAAAACAAUUAUUGAUAUUUUAUAAGCAGAUGAAUACUCUUUGCUGUGAAAUAGAUGCAUAUGGUGACUUCCUUCAGGCCCUGGGACCUGGAGCCACUCAAGAUUACACAAAAAAUACAAGUAAUGUCACAAAAGAGGAAUCGCAGUUAGUAGAAGUACGGCAGAAGCUAUAUUCUGUUCUGAAAGGAACUCCACUUAAUGUUAUAGUCUUAAACAACUCUAAGUUUUAUCACAUUGGAACUACUCGGGAGUACUUGUUUCAUUUUACAUCUGAUAGCAAACUGAAAUUUGAGCUUGAUUUACUGUCUGAGGCUUUUAGCAUCUUUUCAGACAAAGCUGAGACCUUGGAUAGAUCAGCAAGUGUCAUUCAAAGCAUACUUGAGCCUGGGUGUUUUAUAGGACCUGGAUCCGUUAUUGAAUACUCUAGAAUUGGACCUGAAGUCUUAGUAGGGAAGAACUGCAUUAUUAGUGGAUCCUACGUAAAUUUGAGAGUAGACAUACCUUCAAACUGUUUCCUGUGUUCAUUGAGUAUAAAAAUUGAUGAUCAAGUAAAGUAUGCAAGUAUGGUAUUUAGUGUAGAAGAUGACUUGAAAAAGAGUGUGAAAUUGCUUUCAGAUAUAUAUUCACUACAAUUUUUUGGGGUCAGCUUACUAGAAUGCUUGGACCUCUGGGGUGUACAGGUUUCAAACCAGCUCUUCUCCAGUGAUAAUACCCAGUUUGGGUUGUGGACUGCUAGGAUUUUUCCUGUUUGUUCUAGUUUAAGUGAAUCAGUUCGAAUGUCAUUAAACAUGUUAAAUUCUGUGCAGCACAAGUCGGCUUUUAAAUUGCAUGGCUUUAAGCUCCUGUCUGUUGAAGAAAUGCUGUCCUACAAAGAUGUGGAAGAUAUGUUGAAAUUUAGGAAUCAAAUUUAUGAUGAAAUCUGUCUACAAAGACAAAAAGAGAAAUCUGAUUUGUAGAAGGAUUGGUACUUGAAGAAAUUUCCCGUCUUUCAUUGUGGAUGAUGUAUUACUUCCCAGAUUGUAAUAAUCAUAAGGAAAAAGUACACAGAUCUUCUCAUUGGCUCUAGCAGCAUGAUAUAGUUUAGCAGUAAUUUAUGUUUCUCACUGUUCCUACUGCCUUUUUACAAUAGUGUUUCAAAUAGGUGUAGGUAAAUUGAUUUUAUUUUUUUUAAUCGGGACAUCCUAUCGAAGCAUUAAUAAUUUUCUUUCUUUUUUUUUAAUUUUGUAUUUUUUUGUACUUACUGUUUUUCAUAAGAGAAAAAGUAUUUGUGUGAGAAAUCAACCUUUCCUUUAUGAGUAAUAACAUUGGGGUCAAUACCUGCCAUCAAGUCAUGUCAAUUUUUUGUAGAAACGUAGAAUUCCUGAGUUGGAAGGGACCUGCAACAAUCUUAGGGUCUACCUCCUGGUUGUACACAGGACUAACUAAAAUUUAAAACAUAUGUCCAAGAGCAUUGUCCAAACACUUGAACUCCAGCAGGCUUGGUGCCAUGGCCACUUUCGUGGGGUGGGGAUUACUGUUUAAUUAUUUGGGAGGUGUUAGAUUGAGUGGGCAGCUAUCAACUUUUUGUUAUCCACAGAGAUACUGAUACAUGUCAUGGGCAAAUUUGCAUUUCUCUAAACUGAACUGUCAUAGUCCUUGGAGUGAUAUUUAAUCCUCAUGCAGACCAGUGGACUAAACAACAGAGAGAUGAAGUAUUUUGAGUGGUACCACAAUGCACAUCUUUGGGAAACAGAUAAUAUUACCUAUCCUGUAAUAACGAUAAACAGAAAUCUUUUGGUUUCUAUUGCUCCAUCUAGCUCCAUAUUCUGUCUUAGGUCGUGGCACCACAAAAAUGCUAUUCACAGAGAGCAUACAAGCCUAUGUAUGUAUUCAUUCACAUUAUUUUCAACAGUUCAUUAUAUAAGUAAUCAGUCCAUGCUUUUGUAAUACAAGGUGAAAAAAGGUUUGCACAAAGUUUAUAUUCAGAUAAAUCAUUUAUUUUUAAUUUGUCUUCUGUAAUGACUGCUUUUUUAUUUUUUCCAUUUCACAUUAUUAAGAAUGUGUUGUGUAUUCUGUAACCGUAAUUUGACAGCAACAUAAUGCAUCUUUUUCUCUUGCAUAUAUCAAUGGGUUUUCAUGUUUCAUUUUGUGUUGUAUAGUCUCCUUUUUAAUGGAAAAAGAAAUUGACCCCUAAUUCUCCCAAAGUCAGGAUUCAGUUUAGCUUCUCUUUUUUGAGCCACAUUGGUGGUUUUACCUUACUGGGCAGCUGAACUCCCAACAUAACCGUUCCCUCACUCCCCCUCCUCAGAAGAAGAAGUGGAGAAGAAAGUAUGCUGGAAAGAAAAAAAAAAAACUCAUGGGUUGGGAUAAGAAUAAUUUAAUUAAAGGGGAAGGGAAGAGGGGAAAAAAAAAAGAGCAAAAGCCUCACAAAAGCAUAGAGAGGAAAAAAAAAUUAUUCUCUACUUCCCAUCAACAAGCAAUGUUCAACCAUGUCCCAGGAAGCAGGGCCUUAAUGAGCGUAGUGGUUGUUUGGGAGGACAGUCGUCUUCAUAACGAGAGCCUCCCCUCUCCUUCCCCUUUCCCACAUCUUAUUGCUGAGUGUGGCACUAUAUGGCAUGGAAUAUCCCUUUGGUGGGUUUAGGUCAGCUGCCCUGGUGAUGUCCCCUCCCUACCUCUUGCACGCCCCCAACCUGCUGGUGUUGUGGGGGACUGGGGGUGGUUUGGAGUGAGUCUUGAUGCUGUGCCAGCACUGCUCAGCAAUAGACACAACACUGGUGUGAUACCAGUGCUGUUCUAGCUACAAGUGCCAAGUACGGCACUGUAUGGGCUGCUGCAGGGAAAGUUAACUCCAUCCCAGCCAGGGAUGUGCAGUCAUUUUGGAGGUUAGCUCCGUUUGCUUUUACUGAACUAGUCUGAUUUCUGGGGACUCUAUCUUCAAUGUGCUGUCAGAGGUAGGACACCUAUUCGACUUGUCCAUUCUAUUGCUACUUGGAGUAUAAGAUUCUGUUUGUUUUCCAAAAUGUUCCCAGAAACUAACUGCUACAGUUACUUUAUCAUACCAGCUUCCCUAUCACUUCAGGAUACCUGAAAUUCUCUGAGCAUACCUAUGUGUAAUAGCUGCAUAAUAACUAACAAUAGACUCUGGCAGAUCUUUUCAGAGGUCUGGCAUUGAGCUUUGGUUUUGGUUAGUUUUUCUUACAUCCACAUAUAUCCUGUUAACACUUCAGGUUUCUCCUAGAGAAUAAUGUUUUCAAUUUUCUUUCCAUGUUUUGCAACCCAUUGAAAAUUUCUCUCUUAAAACUCUGCAAGUUCUAUUUAUGAACAAUUUGAGUGCUCUGAUAAUUCUAAGCACUUCUAAAGCUGAUAAUUUAAUCACAUUAGCAAAAUAUCCUCUGUUGAGUUGCUUCAGAAGGAAGAAGAGGUUUGGAUUAUAAUCAAAGAUAGGGGAAAAGAUGCCAAAUCAGGUAGUAAUUUGGCCUGCUUUUCAAAGUCACUCUUAUUUUAAUGCUCAGUAUUGUAAAGAAGGACAAAUAUUAUCUAAUUUUUUUUAUCGAGCUUCCUGUAACUUCAUUAUUACAGUGUUUGUCUCCCUGCUGACUGAAUUCCCUAAUGGCAUCUUUCUUAUGCCAUCUACAAAGUAGUACCAUGUAUUUCAUUGCUGAAAGCAACCUGGGUAUAAAUGGGAAAUGGAUUUGCUUCUGACACAUAAGUAAUGGGGAAGAAAAAAAAAAAAGUAAAAAUAAAAGUAUACUCACUAAACAGUUUUGCAUAGUAUUGG